CCAGUGUACUCGCCUCUGCAACAGCGGCGGCGGCGAGCGUGUGAUUCCUCCUAGGCAGGCAGGAUUAAGCGAGUGAUUAGCGAGGUGUUUAGCGUGUAAUCGCGGGUUUAGUCGCUUCGGCGAGCCGCUAAUUAUUGGGGGUUAACGAGGAGUGGUCCAUUUGUCGCGUGGUGGAGGGCGCGGUCGGGAUCGGGUGCGUCCGGUCCGGGCCGACCUGACACCGCACGAGGAUAUAACCGGUUCGUCUUUGGAUAGGAGUAAGGCGACCGUGUCGUGGCGAGGCAGUCGCCGACGAGAGCGAGAGAGCGUGUCACGGCGGCGGCGCACGCGUAUGAGUAUGAGGCGGUUGGGCAGCGGCAAUGCCGGCGGCGGCGCGGCAGUGGCCGGAGAGUGGGAUGGUGGUGGCAUUGCGGGGAGGAUGAGGGGGGUGAACGCGGGGAUCAUGGACGAGAAGGUGCUGGAGCUGGUGUUCCGGGCGCUGAACUGGGACCCGAGGGAGCUGUGCGUGGUGGCGAGGGUGAGCCGGCGGCUGCGGGCGGUGGCGGAGCGGGUGCUGUGGCGGGAGCUCUGCGUGUCGAGGGCGCCGCGGAUGGUGUCGGCGCUGUCGGGCCCGACCGCGGCGGUGGCGGCGGCGGCGGGGCGCAUCGGGGGAGGCUGGCCGGCGAUGGCGAAGCUGCUCUUCUUCUGCUGCGGCGCGGCGGGCGCCGCCGUGCCGGGCCACUUCGCGCCCGUGUCGCGGUUCUCCAAGACGUCGGGCCGGAGCUUCCUGUCGCGGCGGUGCGCGGGGGACCUGCUGUUCGUGUCGGACCCGUGCGAGCACGCCGCCGGCGCCGCGUCCGACGACGACGUCGUGGGCGCGUACCGCGGCGUGUACCGCGGGUUCAUGCGGUCGCGGACGCGCGCCUUCCUCGUCGGCCACCGCGCCCCGCUGGAGCCGCGCGUCCGCUGCCCCUACUGCGGCGCCCGCGUGUGGAGCAUGACCGCCGCGGGGCUCGCGCCGCGCAGCGCGUGCCGCUGGCUCGGCGCCAACGAGGGCCGUCUCGAGUACUUCGUCUGCGUCAGCGGCCACCUCCACGGCAGCUGCUGGCUCGCCCGCCUCUCCUCCUCCUCCUCCUCCAGCGACGGCGAGCGCAGCGCCGACUCCGACUCCAACCACAGCGACGACGAGACAUUCGCCGCCGCCGACGUGAGCCUCCCACUUCCUCCAGCCGGCCGCGUGCCAGCCCGGCGCCUCCGAGGCAGGCCCGCCAUGUGAAGCAAUACCGGUAGUUUUUUUUUUUACCUCCAUUUUUUCACUGUUUACGCAGCUCAGGUCAGCUGUUUUUACCGGAUCAGAAGCAGAUCAGGAGGAUUGCACUGUGCUUUGCGCCUUUUGUGAAUUGUGCCUUUCACUUCACAUGUAGUUGUACGUUGAUUAGUUCCUAAUCGCGUAGUGGGCGCGGCGUGCGAGAGCAUAUGGCAUCGCUCCACUUUUGCUCGGGACGAUCUGAUUCCCGCGUGAUGUUUGGCACGGCGCAUUUCAGAUGACGAGGUGCCUGCACAAUACUUGCAAUUCGGGAUGAGAUCCUUCUCGAUCGAGCGGUUUCUGACUGGCAGCUGCAUAGCAUAGAUGUAUUUUUCUCUGAUGUAUUGUGUACAGUUGUGUUAACAUUGCUCGAGUCAGCACUGCACAGCAAUUUAGCUCGAGAUUUGUCUGUUAGAUCACGGUAAUGGAUUACUAGGGAGUUAUAAACAGGGAGAGUCAUUUGUAUGUUAGAUACUGCUCCCUGUAAGUCGCAGAGGGGUAAAACGACUUGAAUCCUGUAACAGAGGUAGAAGUACUACUCCAUUGCAGUAGUACAUGAUGAUGAUACAGUACUAAAGUAGUUGUUGAUUUGUACAGUACAAUGCUGUACAGACAACAGACAAGAGGUUGCAUAGGCGCCCGACCAUCUAA